ACGGUGUUCAUUCCACUACGACGGAUCCGGUUUAUCUCAUACACGUUGGGCCCCGCCCCUGCAGACGCGCAGAUUUCACGCAGUGGCGCAAAAAAGAAAGAAAGCGGAGACGGAAUUAAGGGGGCUGAUGAGCGUUUGACAGCCGGCUCUUUCGUCGCGCAGGUCGCAUCCGAACCUAAGUGUGUGUGUGGGGGGGAAAUCACGUGGUUGAUUUAUCUACGGGCUGCUCUGCUGUCUAAUGGCCGCCGCCCCCGCGAGGAAUCCCGUGUGGGUCGCUGCGCGGCAGGACGCGCCGCGUCGCCACAGGAGCGUCGCGCCGCUGGCGGCGCACGGGGCGACCGGCGGAGAUCCGGGACGAGUGCUCUGUCGCGCGCGGGAAGCCGUCCCGGGAACUUCCUCUUUCCACGACAACAAUCUUCUGUUUACGUCCGAGAUGGACAGCUACCUGUCUCCCCAGCAGCAGCAGUACGGGGGCAACUCCAAAACGCUGAGUCGGGACACGGGGGCCCUGGUGCCGGAGCCGCCUUUCACGGAGGACUUUGGCCCCCCCUACAGCGUCAACAUGAGCCUGUUCCUUCCAGACGUCACGUACCUGCGUCCGGAUCUCUGCAGGGCCGUGAGACAGAUCAAAACCGAGCCGUCCCACGCACUGAUGCAGACCAGCUGCCAGGGCACCGCGGCGCCACUCCCAGAAUACUUUGGUGGUGGUUUCAGUGCUGCCGACUCAGCCGGCGGCCGAUUUCACAUCAAACAGGAAGUGCCCGAUUUCCAGGAUAUGCCCCUGUAUCAGCUUCUAAACUGUGACUUGGAGCAGCUGGUUCACGGGUCCCAGCAAGGCUCCGCCCCCGCGGCCCCUGUGAGUCAUGUGCAUCAGCAGAGACCGGCCUAUCUGCCGCCCUCCCCGCCAACCUCCGACCCCCCGAGUCCAGGCGGGGGGCAGGAGGUCCUUCACAAUCUGUCCCGUCCCCCCACCUACGAAGCCGGCGUUGCCUCCAACUUAACUCUUCAGGCCUGUCAAUCUGCUGGCAAUCCGGGACGCGCGCCGGGCGCAGCUCCAAUCCAGGGGCCAGAGCGGCAUUCCAGCGCGGGAUUGGGCCCGGGUCCCGAGCCGGUCCGGCACCCCGGGCCGGCGCCGUGCCCGCUGUCCCCGGUGGUGGCCCAGCCGGCUUCGGCCAAGUACAGCAGAAGGAAUAACCCGGAUCUGGAGAGGCGGCGCAUUCACCACUGUGAUGUCGCAGGGUGCAGUAAAGUAUACACCAAGUCGUCCCAUCUGAAAGCCCAUGUGCGCACCCACACAGGAGAGAAACCGUACCAUUGCUCCUGGGAGGGAUGCGCGUGGCGCUUUGCGCGCUCCGACGAGCUGACUCGCCACUUCAGGAAACACACCGGGGUGAAGCCUUUCCAGUGCGCCGCGUGCAGCCGCUGCUUCUCCCGCUCCGACCACCUGGCGCUACACAUGAAGCGGCACCAGGGCUAGAACCCCAGCUGCUGCUCCGUGUUCCUGUCUCCCACCAACGGGCGUAGCAGUAGUUAAAACGGGGGAGAGUUAAUUCCCGGCUCUCCCCGGGGUGGGGGAGGGGGGGGUGGUACGUUCGUAGCAGUGCUGGCCCACACAAAAUAGUUUCCUUCCUUUUUGUUGAAAGAUGAAAUGCUACCGUCGCCUUAUUUUAUUUCCUCUCAUGUGCCCCCAAUAUCGGGGGAUAGUGAUAUUUACAACGAUGUCAGUCUGAACAUCAUCAGCCAGGAUGAAAUGGUACUCGUGCGCCGCAAAGUACGCAGACAACUUCAAAUGUCCACUUUUUAUUUUUCUUCACUUUUUUCACUAUCCAAUCACACCAGCAUGGUGUCAAUGAUCAAAUUCAUUAGUUAGUUAAGUGCAGAAGUGUGUGUGUGUGUGUGUGUGUGUAUGUGAGUGAGAUACAGGAGGUCACAGCAGUUACCUGUAGAUUUAUUUAAAGACGCGGGAGCACUAAUUAUUGGGAGGCGCUUGUGUCGAGCGGCUUCAACACUGCCAGGUUUAAGGGUUUCUAGGCCACAGGAGAUGAUUAAAAAGCGACAUUUUCUCAUAACACUGAAAUGAAGGGAAGAUAGUGGGUGAAGGUUUUUAGAUCAUGUUUGUUUUAGACAGCAUUAUGAAUGUUCUGUAUCUAUACUCCCCCUGUACAGCAACGACACAUAACAGAAAAUGUCCAAUGUCUUUUGGCAGGGAUGAAUCUAGAAGGGUGCAUUUGGGAUUUCAGCGGGCGACGUGUUAUUUAAUUUAAUUGUUAAAGCUGUUAUGUUGACGGGGGGGGCUUCUCUGGCUCUGAGUUGAUUCCACUUUGAGGUGGUGGAGCAGCAGCCCUGAGCGCAGCGUGACGGGCCAGCAGCAGCCGUCACGAUGGACAAAUCCAGGCUCGCUUGCAUCACCAUAAUUUGUUGCAAACUGUGGGUCGCUACCUUUAUGGGAUUAACGGGAUUAUCAUAUUUCUGGUAGGUCUUCUUGAAAGGUUUCAAAGGGACACCGUAUAGUUCUGAGACUGAACUUCUGUCUUUAGCUUUUAGUUUCUUUGACCGCUAUCCACGUAUCCAAACCAACCUUUAAAGUGCCUUUAAAAUAAUUUCUUUGUUAUUUUGGUGGCGGGACGAAUGGAAAACCAAGCGUCCCUGUUGGGACAGUGAUCUUUUAUCAGGUACUCUAAUGGAAUGAUUGUGGGUGUUGGCUGCCGCUCCGAAUUAUCCACACGUAGCAAUCUGUAUUCAUGACCAACAUUCUGUUCAGUCUGAUUGAGCUAAAUCUCAAUUGGUUCAGAUGUGUAUUUAUAUAUAUUUGUAUCUGCUGUUAAAGGAUGCAAUCCACUGAUUGACUUUUUUGUUUAAUAGCAGGGACCGUUAUAUAAAUUAUUAAUA